AGACGGGGCGAACACAAGGGGAAAGGCUCCGAGGGUCGAAUGUCCGGUAAUUCGCGGUGGAAUCGAUUUGUGUCAGCGUUUACCACACCGAGACAAAGGCCCACUGCGAUGGAUGUAUUUUCGGUAGCAGUGACGAUAAAAACACGGCACUUCGUAAAUACAAAUGGCGCUGGUUUUUAUUUUUGGUCUUGUCCUCUGCUCUGGCGCUGAGUCCGACGGAACGCGUUGGUUCGCAGUCCAGCAGGUUGCCUCGAUGCGUCCGUCGACCGACGUUGGCGGUGCUGCCAUCCUGCGUCCGGUCGCACGAGGCCGUAUCAUCAUCUGCGAGGUGCAUCCCACAUUGGGGGGUUUCGUUUGCACGAGUGUUGCAGUAGAGGCCUGUCUGAUGGAACCAGCGCAACGGCGACAUUUUCUCCUCGCGACCCGGAAGUGUACUUGGGCGCUCAACCUUGGCGCCGGAGUAUCACGAUCCAACCUCGGAGCAAACUAUUGGAAAUUGGCGCUGGCUUGGCCCGAGGCAUAACGAAAAAAAGGGGUGGUGCAUCGUUGCAGAUGAAAGAUCGGCCUGGGCGGCACACACUUCCGCACGGCGCAGACGGUUAGCAGGAGUGGCUGAUCUUUGAUUCGUGUCGCUGCUUUCCCAAGUGCGCCUCUCGGAGCAGGGCAAGGGGAAGCGGGCGCGGGCGCAGGCGUGUUUCCCCCUUGUCAUCAUCGGGUGAUGGCACGGGUUCAGA